CGGCUCCCGGGAGUAGGCGGGGCAGGGCGCGGGCGGAGUAAGAUGGCGGCGGGGGGCGCGGCGGAUGCCCAGGCGCGCUUUGGCCACUCGGUGAAGGGGCUCCUGACCGAGAAGGUGACGAGCUGCGGCACCGACGUGAUCGCUCUCACCAAGCAGGUGCUGAAGGGCUCCCGUAGCGCCGAGCUCCUGGGUCAAGCUGCGAGAAACAUGGUGAUGCAAGAAGAUGCCAUCUUGCACUCGGAAGAUAGUUUAAGAAAAAUGGCCAUAAUAACUACUCAUCUACAGUACCAGCAAGAAGCAAUUCAAAAGAACGUGGAGCGCUCGUCAAACCUUCAGGACCAGCUGACUCACUUGCUGAAAUGAAGGGGAGCUGAAGGCUCGAGGAAAUCUCAACCAGCACUGAGGGAGUGAAGUGUUCUCCCCCAUUCCAGCCCCUGGAGCUCAGAACUCUGUCUGGAGGGUGCUGGAUGUCAGCUGGGAUAUGUGCAGGGUCUGUGCUUCUGGGCACAUGGCCCCCUCUCGUGUGCCUGCAUCCACACCUCUGCUCCAGAAUGCUCACCUGCACACCCGCACCUGGCUGAAACAAACUUCCCUGAAACUUUGCUCUUCCCAAUAAUUCCUGUGUCUGCUUACUUCCAAUGUAGUAUGAAGUGCUCAGACCACCCCAGCACCCUUGGCAAGAAAUGCAGAGUUGAGGCAUGGCAUUUAAAUGAAGGUGCCUGCAGUUUGCCACUGGUCUGUAUUUAGCCACAGAGGUGGCACAGAGUGCAGUUUAUUUAGGGCAUUUUAAUCAGUGUGAGUUGCAAGUGCCUGGGUGGAUGAAAGGUGCUUCAGUGUAGGCUGAGCUGGGACUGUAGGCCAGUCCCAGCACAGAAUUUCUGAAGCCAGAAUCUAAGCACACACAUCUGCCAGUGGCCUAGCUGGACGUGGUUUGGCCAUCAUCCUCCUCAGAGGUUAUCUUAUUUUCCCCUCUGCCAGAGUUUGGAACAUCAUUCCUUUGCCAGCCCAUAUGUGCUGCAUUUGGCCUUCAACUGCAUUCCUUUUCCUGGGCUGCUGCUCCAGCUUUUGAUGAAGCAGCCUUGGCUGUGGUGUGUGUUUGUAUCUGGUUGGGAAGGUAUCCAAAGUCCUGUCUGGGAAGCAGGCAAAGAGAGCAUCAGGAGCUGGUGUGCUCAGUUCUACACUGCUCUGUUGUAGACUAUUGAGCUGCUCACAUCCAGAACCAGCUAUAAAUACUGUGUCUUGCUUUUGGUAAGUCACUUAUCUAGAGCACUUGGAGUGCACGGGAAGCACUUGUUUCCCUGAGUGAGCUUUUCACCAGCUGAUAGGAGCAGGCAGGCUGAGAGCUGACAAAGGCCUGCCACAUUCCUGUUGGAAUGCUGCUGGAGUCUGGCUCCUGUGCUGCAGAGCCUUCUCAGACUAGAUUUCACCAUUCCUGCCAGUAUUUUUGCCUUGGGUGACAUUCUGACCCCAGCUUUGCAGGUGCAGUUUGCUAAUGAGAGUUUUCCCUGCGACUUGCUGGGAAUAAAAGCUGUCCUGAACACCACCAAA